UUGCCUUGGUGGUUUGGCUCAUUCUCUGUUCCUCCUCAUCGUGGAUUGCAGCUGCUGUUGUCGUAGUCACGGUUAGUGUGGCACGUCCAGAAACACGACAGCAGGCUUUUUCUUUUUUUUUUUUCCCUCCUUGUGUCCCGUUUGCCCCGUGGCAUCCCCUCCUUCGAUACACCACCGAAGAUUUCUUGGCACGAGUCGAGGGAGGAGGGACAACGUCGGAAGAGAUUCGUCAACUUUACUCGACGCCACACAGCCCGUGCGGCCUUGACUGCUGUACACUGUAUAUACUUUUAUGGACUGCGGGAUCGCUGGUAAAUUGAGGUCUGAUUUGAAGCCGGAUGUGAGUGGCAAACAUCGGAAAAACAACUCGCUUAGCGAAUCGAAUGGAUCGAUGUUAGGAUAAUCAGCUAUACUGUGGCUGCUGCUGGUCAAAUAGGGCUGACCAACUUAGUUGGCCCUGGCGAAGAAGAUACACUAUACGCUACUGCUGUCCUUGAUGGGUCGAUGAUGGAUGAUGAUGAUGAUGAUGAUGAUGAUGACGACGUUGUCCAAGCCCAGGUGAAAUCGACCGCGAAAUAGGGACCGAGUGUGUUGUUAUUUAUGGAGUCAUUUGUGACUGACUCACCCGUUAGGUUAUUUACUACAAAAGUGUGCGUGGACAAUUUUGCCGUCAGUCCGUAUACGUACUUGAAUACUUAUCAUGUGGACCAAAAAACCUAUCAUCGUGACGAACAAUGAAACUUGUUGAUUCAACAACAUUAGUCCUACAAAAGACUAACCUUGUACCAAUAAAAUUUCACGGACCAACAAUACCUAUAUACAGGUACCUACAUCUCAUAUGCACACCGACAAGAUGAGAGAGCACACCUAUUCAAGUGUUGGAUACGUGUAGUGCAUAUUACAUAAUAUAGACUCCGGGCGUCCUUUUACAAAAAAAAUACAAAAUUAAUUUUUUUUUUCUACUUGCGCAUUAAAUUAAUUACACGCAACGCAAUCGAUUUUAGAAUGUUUAUGCAGCAUUACUAUGUAGGCUAAACUACUGCUAUAUACACAACAAAAUAUUGACUCUUCAGAGAAAAUGAGUAGAGCAUAGUUGACAGCCGUGCAUAAUGUUACGUGUGUAUUUAACUAACAUGAUAACACAAUAACAGUUCCUUCGUCAAAUUAAAUUUAUAACGAAUAAGACUACUUGGCGGACCAAAUAUAAUAUUGUAUACUCAUUGAUCGAUAACUCUUGUGGAUUGUGUUUUUCGUCGCACAUACACGCAAAGAAGAAGGAGGAAGAGGAGGAGGAGGAGGAGGGGUAGAUACUAUAACCAUCCAGUGUGUAUACCAUGCAAGUAAAUGACCAUCAUCAUUCGAUACACAGAUUUAUGGAUUCAUUAGCCACAUCGAAAAUCCAAGAAGAGGCCAAAUAGGCAACACCACUACAAAUAUUGAGUAGGUGGGGGAUACCUACUCGUAUCAAGAGACUCAACCGGACCAAUUAGGCGAUAAGGGAGACGACUGUCUGUGCUUUCAUUUUUUCUUUUCCGCCCCCGCGAGGACAACACGCCCGUACCCGGCGAACGGCGUACUUGGUCCAGACCGAGGAUUCAAGCGCGCAACCCGCGCAACAAGCUCAACGAUGAUGGAUUGGGGGAUAAGAAGAUCGAUAAUGUUCCACGUGCGACGACGGCCGGCGGAUUACGUGCCGCGUAAGCGCAAGAAAAAACCGUCCGGCAAGUGGAACGAGCUGGAGCACAGGUACGAGGACGAGCGGCUGCCGUUCCUUCAGGAGCUAAACGCCGACGGUACGGAAAUCGCAAACGGAGCCGGGGCACGGCACCGGCUGCAGCCCAACGUCACGGAAGUCGGCUCCGAGCGCCCGGUCGGGCCGCAGGCGGUCCAAGCCCAAACCAUCACCCUAGCCGGGCCCAUGGUCAUGCCGAGGCACUGCGUCAUCGCUUUCACCGAGAACAUUGUCACUUUGACACCCUGCUCGAGGGACGCCCACACCUUUGUCAAUAACCAGAGGAUACAACAGACUACGAUACUUCAGAACGGGGCCAUCAUUAAAUUCGGACGGAUGCAUACCUUCCGAUUCAUCGAUCCGGCCCCGGAGGAGCGAACCAGGCAACGCCACGACUCCAAUCGACAGAUCGAUUACUCGUAUGACAGCAGACGAUCGCCGGACAGCAGUAGCCAGCAGGAACUUGGCUCGGCGGCGGAUAAGAUGGGAACGACACCAAACGGGGGAACAGUGGUCCAGAGCCCGUCCGACCCACCCAGUCCCAGCAAAUCUUCGACUGGCAUGGCCAGCCCCAGAAGUCCGACCAUUGCCAGCCAGCAGCAGGUGUCCACUGGCGCGGAUCAGCUGCCCGCCCACAAUUACGAGACAACCUUUGACCUUGACGGCAACGUCGAGACCGCCAGUUUGAGUAGCAGCAGCCGGGACGGGCACAGGCUGUCGCAGUACAACGAGAGGCAGCAGCCGCGCGGCACCGAUCCGAUCCUACCGGCGGUGCUCGAGUUCCUCGAGGAGACCGAGGAAGCCUUUCUUCACGCGGUUAUAACGGACGUCGAGCCUUCGGCCCCUCAGUUCAAGCUCGCCCCGACCUACACCCUUUAUCUGGCCGCCCGGUAUCGCGCCAGCACCCACUACAGGCCCGAGCUUCAGCCGACAGAGCGCGCCCACCGGCUCACCGUCAUGCUCGCCAAGGUCGCCACCAUGAUCCAACAGGUCAUACAGGAGCGGUACAUGGACGCGUCGUCUCUCGCCCUGUGGUUGGCCAACGGCUCGGAGUUGCUGCACAUGCUGAAAAACGAUCGCCACGUGGGUGCCUUCUCGACCCAGGCCCAGGAUAUACUCGCCGAGGCCGUCCAUACGGCCUUUGACUCUCUCGUGCGUUGUAUAUCCCUCGAGCUCGCCCCUGCCAUGUCCCAAUUUAUGGCGGACGCCGACGAGCCGGCCAAGGAGGCCGGCGUCCUCCAGAUAUUCUCAAACAGCAUGGCCCUGUUGCGUCGCUGCCGUGUCAACGCCGCCCUCACGAUACAGCUCUUUAGCCACUUGUUUCACACGAUAAACGCAACGGCCUUCAACGCCCUCAUAUCGAACGGCAAUCUUUGCGUCAGGUGGUUCGGCAGGCGGCUCAAGGCACGGCUCAACGCCCUCGAGACCUGGGCCGAGCGCCAGGGCCUCGAGCUCGCGAGCCAAUGCCAUCUGGCGACCAUAAUGCAGGCCACCCACCUUUUACAGGCACCCAAGUACAAUUCCGAGGAACUCGACAUGCUCAGUUCGUCCUGCUUCAAGUUGAACUCGCUACAGGUGCGCGCUCUCUUGCAAAGAUAUCAGCCAGCCGCCGACGAGCCCAGGCUUCCACCCGAGCUCAUCGAGGAGGUUGUCCGAGUGGCACAAAACAUUGCCGACUCGUUGGCGAUCACGGAUGGCCGGGAGAUACGGCUCGAGGAAGAUCUCGCCCUCAAUUUGGCCCUACUUUUACCCGAGGAUGGCUACAGUUGCGAGGUCAUAAGGGGCGUACCACCGGGAUUGGCCGAGUUUUUGGCGCCCCUGCAGCGCGACGGCCUCUGCCGGAUGGCUCCCCAGCCGACGAGCAGCGGAUACUGGACCAUAUACAUGAUCGACCACCACAGCUUUAGAAGCCCCAGCGCCAUGAGCAACAGGUCUGUUGGUUAUAGCGGUCAUGUGCCACAGAUUCACAAUCAGCCGGAAAUCAAGCUCAUCAAGCUUCACAAAUCGUCCAACGGAAUGGGACUGAGUAUAGUUGCGGCAAAGGUAGUUGGCGCUGGUCAAGACAAACUUGGUAUAUACAUCAAAAGCGUCGUUGCUGGAGGGGCAGCGGAUGCGGACGGCCAACUAGCAGCAGGUGACCAACUACUUAAAGUCGAUGGGCAAAGCUUAGUUGGUAUAACUCAAGAAAAGGCUGCCGAGUACCUCGUACGAACGGGUCCCAUAGUAACGCUGGAGGUUGCGAAACAGGGAGCCAUUUAUCACGGCUUGGCGACACUUCUGUCCCAACCCUCUCCAACUAUAAGUAGAACAAACUCUAAGAAACGCCCGAAAUCGGAACACCUAGACCCUUCCAGACUAACGGAAAGAACCUCGGGUGAAACCUCCUCGCACUCUGUCGGCAAUUUACUAACCAUGCAGCCCCGUCGUACAGCCGGCCAGGUCUACCAUGAACAAUACGUCGACGACUGGGAGUCACAGCCAGGUCCCCGUCGCAUGAGCGAACGUGAUUUACCGUCGCGCUUAGGACACGAGCCACCCACUCCGCAGCAAAUACACAGCAGCAAAUCCGUUCCCGCUCUUCACAAUGUAGGAAAUGAAAGCAAACUCCAGCACGAGGUCUUUAACCCCGGAUACAGCAGGGCAUCUUCGAGCAACAGUGUCACACCACCGGUCCAGCCACCACCCAUGCCUGCGAUGAACGGAGCCCCUUCCCUGCGCUCGAGGUCGAGUCACAAUUUGCACGAUCCCAGUAGUCCCGGCACUUUACCGCCGAGUGGAUUGGCCAACAGACAACAAUCGUCUCCAAACUUGAAUCCGAGCCACUUGCACGGGCAAAACAGCUUGCAGGGUAAUGAAGCGGAAAGAUUUUAUCAAAACUUGAGCGUCUACAGGAAUCAAGAGCCAUCGUUGAAGCAACAACAAAGUCCGUCCCAGUCUUCCGACGACAGAAGUCCGUUACAUUUGCAAAAAACUCUGUCGCGAGGCUCGGAAAGUUCACUCAAUCGAGGUUUGAUCGACAUGAGCCAGAACAAAGAGCGGCCAAUGUCGGCGUACGUGCCACAGGUUCAACAACAGGCGCCUCAGCAGCAGCUGCAGCCGCAGGGCUAUCCUGGCCUGCAGCAGCCAGGUCCGCCAGUCAGAUCUCAGUCUUCUCGAGAUAUAAUCCGACAGGAGGCAAAGUUGCAGGAGAUGCAGGAGGAAGUUAGGCGCAGAGAACUGCGUGGUGGUCCGCUGCCUCCACACAUGAACGCGUAUCGUAGUAACACAUACAACCCUAGAGUUGGUCCAGCUGGGCUGCAACAGCAGGGCGCAAUCAGACCCAAUCGGCCGCUCGGUUCUACGCCCAAUCUUGGUCCCACCUCGCCCAACUACGCCGCCAGACAGCCUGCACAAAAUUAUGGAUACUUUCCUGAAGCUCAGCAGUACAAUCAGUACGGGCAGUUUAACAAGCCAUCGCCACCACCACAACAACAACAGGUACCUGGACAAUAUGCUACUGGUGCGACGAGCCGUACGUACUAUCAAAACGGGCCGCCACAGUUCAGUAACGGUCCCGAGUCGCAUAUCGAUGGUGACAUCACAAAUGACAAUCCACCCGUGAGACCUGCUCUGCCGCAUACUGGCAGCCCUCCCCCGCCAGUGCCAAACACUCUGACGCAUCCGCUUUACACAACACAAUUGGAUCCCUCCUCGAGAUACACUGCUAGUAUGCAGGACCCUCCUAGGGGCGGAUAUUAUCCUACGUCGGCUACAAAUUCACAGCAACCUCGACAAUAUCAGUUUAGCGCUACGAAUCCUUGGCAGAGGGAGGAAAGAGAAAAAGAGCAAGCUAGACGGAGGGAAGUUGUGAGACAGUGGCGGGAUCAACAGAUUGCCGACCUGAGUGCUCUGCCUUGCCGAACGCCGCAGCAAGAGGAGCAGCUGCGUGCUUUUCAGCUUGAAAGGGACUUUCAAAAGCGCGCCGAGGAAGCCGCCAAACAACAAGAUGACGACGAAGAGAGCAACGAUCCAGAAAACGAAAGCACUUCCCAGCGGGUUCAAGGACUGUUACGCUCGGUCGCCGCUCAGGAUCGAAGCAAUCAAAUGAAUAUCCACCAACCGCCGCAGCAGCAGCAGCAGCAGCAACAACAACAACAGUUGCAUCCUAGUCUUUCGCGUGGAAACGCGCUCAAUCAGUCUGGCAGGGGAGCUCUGUCGCCGCAGCCAGUAGGUAGUCAAAUACAAAUGACAAACGUGCCCAUCCACACCGUUAGCAGCCAACAAGGGUUAUUGGGCAACUCAUCGUACGGCGGUCAGAACGAAGUGCCAACUACGACGUCAAACAAUUUCAGUCCUUAUGUACAACAAAACCAAUCGGUAAACAGUCAGUCGGGCAUCUCGCCGCCAUACGGGUCCUCGAGUAUUAGUCAGUCGAGUGCUAGUCAAAAGGCAAGUAUCGAGGCUCAGAUUAACGAAGAUCGAGAGAGACAACGCAGGAUGGAAGAACUUAAGAGACGACAAUCCGAAUUUGACGAAAGCCAAAGAAGAAGGCAAGAGGAAGAGGCGCGACAGCAGCAACAACAAAUGCAAAACAUGUAUCAGCAGCAUCAGACGAAUUUGCGAAAUCAGCAGCAACUGCAUCCAGGAAUGCUCAGAUUGGACAAUCUCGUCAUCGAUGAGCCCAUUUCGCCGAAUUCACAAAGCGGUAACGAGGCUCCACCACCACCAGAACGCGGAUCAAGUUAUGCAGUAAUGUCACAGCAAAGUGCUCUGCGCUCGAAUAAUUCAACCACGUCGAAUUCCAUACUGGGUACAACGACUACGAAAAGAGUAUCGUUUCAUGAUCCCAAUGCAAAUACAGAAUUGCCGAUACGAAACAACAAUACAUCCAAUAUCGUGUCACCGUCGUCCAUUUCAAAGGAUAUUAUUAGAGAAGAUCCAAACAAUUUCAUAAACGAUGCAGAAAUGUUGUUGGCUUCACCGAAAACACCCGAAGGUCCAGGAAAUAUGUUUCAAGGAGCAACACCCGGCGUGAUAGGCGCUCAGGAAGUUUAUAAGGAUCCGAGACAAAAGAGGUUGGCGGAAAAACAGAGAUUGCAACAAAGUACGCAAGCUGUCCCUGAAAAACUAAGCUUCAAGGAAAAAAUGAAAAUGUUUGCUAUGGAGACAGGAGAAGAUGGCACACCUAGAGACAAAGUCAAAAUAUCGCGAGCUCAGCGUGAAAUCGACAACAUUGGUCAUUCCUUGAGCACGAAUAAUAACAACAAUAACAACAACAACAACAACAACAACAACAACAACAACAACACCAAUAACAAUAAUUAACUUAAACUUGUGUCAUUGCAACAUUUAGUUGUGUAAAUAUUGAAAUUUAUUUGACUGUGUGCUUAGAGUGCACGACAAUCAUGAUUAAUAGAAUAAUCGGACGAGAGGAUAUGUUGACGUUAAUUUUUUCAUUUUCGAGGAUGAUGAGGAUAUCCUUUGUUAAAAUGGAUGGAAGCAAAAAUGUUGCAAUUUUGUUUGCGUAAACAUUUUUUAACGGUGUAAAGAUUAACAAACAUAAAUUAUAAUAGACUACAUAUUGUAAAGUUAUUGUUUAAGAUAUGUAUGUAAUGAUUUUUCGAUUCCUCGACGAAUCCAAUGUAAAAUUUGAUUUUAUUCUUGUACCUUAUUGCAAGUAUUAGUAUUAUACAGUAAUCUUAGUUACGCAUCAAAGUAUUGAAUUAUUUUUUUAUAUUUUUUAGAGAUUUGAAAAUUCAUACUAUUAUUUUGAGACGUAGUUGGAAGAAAGUAUGUUUGAAAACUGCAAUUAUUUUUUGCCAUUUAUUAUACUUUUUUUUCUUACCUUUGUUUAAUUGUGUGAAAUUGAAAUUGAAUUGAGAUUGAGUUUCAUACAUUCGAUUAAAUAUUAACAAAAAGUAAUUGACGAAGCAAAAGUCGAUAUCCGGAUGAUUUCCGAAAAAUUUAUUUACAUCCUUAUAUGUAAUAUUUCUUUAUACGGACUUUUGUUUGAGUGAUAUUGAAAAAAAAAAAUUUUUUAUCACAAAAAAUUUUAAUCGUUUCAUAGUGACAUUUACCCGGCGAUUACUUUGUUUUGCUCUAUACUUUGUUGCUUGAGAAUUACAGAUCACCGAGGGACCUACUAAUCACUCCAAAAAACAAGAUCCUUGACCUGUGCAUAUUGAAGAAAAAUGUUGAUCCACAAUACACUUAUUUAUACGACUACGUUGUUUGUACAUGCUGUUUGAAAAACUAGUGAUAGAUCUUAAUGUUAUUGUCGUUACUGAUGAUAAAUAAAUAAAAAACUGUUUUGAUAUUUUAACAAACCAA